CCUGUCUCUCAUUCCCUCCCUUCCACUCUUUCUCUCUCUCCCACAGAGACGCGGCAAACCUCCUCUUCACCAGCCACCUUGCGUGCCGGCGCUGACGCGAGUAUCCGCAUACGGAGUGCGGACCGCGGAGUGUCGUUGCGCACAUCCUCGGUUCAUUUUUCUCCUGAUCGCCGAGCCUCAUUUUUUUUUUUACCCUCCUGACGCAGAAAGGAAGUGUUGCUUUGGAGCUCUCUUUCAUUGUAUGCGUUUUAAAGAGCCCUCUCCAUCCCAGUCUCUGUCAUCUCUACAGGAAACUAGAGACAAUUACGGAAUAUGGCACCUCUCCGUGGUAAUGCCAUGUGACAAGGCUUUUCGUCAUUGGGCAUCUCUUUCUCCUCCAACAAAAGUCGGUGGCUUCGUCAGUGUCGCUGUCUAAGUGAAAGAAAGAUAAAAAUAAAUUAAAAAAAGCCUCUGGGCAAAAUGGAAGUUUUGGCCGUUGGCUUGGUCCACUGAGGCUGCCGCUGCUGCUGCUGUGGGUUUGGUGAUUGGUGCAGCGGGGAAACUGCGUCGCCAAGUCUGAAAGGCUGGGAAUCACGGGUCAUUACAGCAGGAGCCGCUGUUCAAGAUAACGAGGUUUUCCCUCACGCUAUCGAAUGGUUCCAGAUUGAUCCACGUAAAAUCCAGUUUGCUCUAACGCGACCGACGCUCGGAUGCGGGUUGUUUCCUCUGCGGCUCAGCCCACACUGAUUUAAUGUUGGGAGGAAUUUCAACAGGGUGCCAGUCUGUGACUACCCGGGAAUCUCUACUCGUUCUCCUCUUCAGACGAGCAUUGUACUCUGACGACAAGAUCCAAAAUAUAUCGAGGAAGAGAUUAAAGGGAAUUUCCUAGACCGCCCUACAGAUGGACUAAAAGACAGAAGCUUCGGUUCCCGGGAUUUUAACUCACUUCGCUCUCACUCAGAGAGCUUUGGUUCUCUCUUGUUUUUGGAGGAGGUAAUUCUUGACAACAUGAAAGUUAUCUCGGCUCUGUUGCUCGUUGCCGUGUGUUGGAGCCAGGAGUGGAAGUCGGCGCUCUCAGAUUCAAUCAUCCACAUCGGCGCCAUCUUUGACGAGUCAGCACGGAAAGAUGACGAGGCGUUUCGUCUCGCCGUGGCAGAUCUCAAUUUGAACAACGAGAUCUUAGAGACCGAGAAGAUCACCUUCUCAGUGGAGUUCGUUGACGGGAACAACCCCUUCCAGGCUGUGCAAGAAGCCUGUGAGCUGAUGAACCGUGGUAUCCUGGCUCUGGUCAGUUCAAUUGGCUGCAUGUCUGCGGGCAGCCUCCAGACUCUGGCCAAUGCCAUGCACAUCCCCCACCUCCUCAUCCAGCGCUCCCCGGCGGGAACACCUCGCUCCACCUGCCCACCAACCAGUCGCAUCCCUGGAGCAGAUGACUACACCCUAUCGGUCCGCCCACCCGUCUAUCUCAAUGAGGUCAUCAUGCAAGUGGUGUCUGAGUACAGCUGGCAGAAGUUCAUCCUCUUCUAUGAUUCUGAUUUUGAUAUCCGUGGUAUUGAGGAUUUCCUGGACCGGACCUCUCAGCAGGGAAUGGACGUUUCCCUUCAGAAGGUGGAAUCCAAUAUCAACAUGAUGAUCACAAGUCUGUUCAGAACAUUGCGCGUGGAAGAGCUGCAUCGCUACAGGGAUACACUACGCAGAGCCGUGCUGUUCAUGAGCCCGGCCACUGCCAAGGCUUUUAUCACUGAGGUGGUGGAGACCAACCUGGUGGCCUUCGAUUGUCACUGGAUCCUGAUUAAUGAGGAGAUCUCAGACUACGACUUGCAGGAGUUAGUCAUGAAGUCGAUCGGUCGGUUGACGGUGGUGCGCCAGACGUUCCCCAUGCCCCAGAACACAACUCAGCGCUGUGUCAAACACAACCACAGGAUUAACACUUCCCUGUGUGACCCUAAAAACCCCAAGUCUCAUCAGUUGGAGAUCAGCAAUCGCUAUAUUUAUGACACUGUGUUGCUGCUGGCCAACACCUUCCACAGAAAGCUGGAGGAUAGGAAGUGGCACAGCAUGGCCAGUCUGAACUGCAUCAGGAAGAACUCCAAACCGUGGCAGGGAGGCAAGAGCAUGCUGGAUACUGUCAAAAAGUUCGGAGUGAGCGGCCUCACCAGUUUCCUGGAGUUCAAUAACAACGGCUCUAACCCCAACAUCUUCUUUGAAAUCCUGGGAACAAAUUAUGGGGAGGACAGGGGCCGAGGAGUCAGUAGGCUGGCAACGUGGGACCCAGUUCACGGAUUGAAUGGCACGCUGACAGACAGGAAAUUGGAAAAUAACAUGAGAGGAGUGGUGCUACGAGUCGUGACUGUUUUGGAGGAGCCGUUCGUAAUGGUGUCAGAGAAUGUUCUGGGAAAGCCGAAAAAGUACCAGGGCUUCUCCAUCGACGUGCUGGACGCUCUGUCCAACUACCUGGGCUUUAAGUACGAGAUCUACGUCACUCCAGACCACAAAUACGGCAGCUUGCAGCCUGACGGUCAGUGGAACGGACUGAUGGGUGAAUUGGUCUUUAAGCGAGCCGAUGUGGGAUUUAGUGCCCUGACCAUCACGUCUGAGCGAGAGAGCGUCGUGGACUUCACCACCCGCUACAUGGAUUAUUCUGUGGGCGUUCUGCUGCGCAAGGCCGAACGCACCGUCGACAUGUUCGCCUGCCUGGCGCCCUUCGACCUGUCCCUGUGGGCGUGCAUCGCGGGCACCGUGCUCCUCGUUGGCAUCCUGGUGUACUUGCUUAACUGGCUCAACCCACCCCGGCUCCCCAUGGGCUCCGUGUCCUCGACAACACUGUACAAUUCCAUGUGGUUCGUGUACGGCUCCUUUGUACAACAAGGUGGAGAGGUACCCUACACCACUCUAGCUACAAGGAUGAUGAUGGGCGUUUGGUGGAUGUUCGCUCUCAUUGUCAUCUCUUCGUAUACCGCUAACCUAGCAGCCUUCCUCACCAUCUCGCGCAUAGAGAACUCCAUACAGUCCCUCCAGGACUUAUCCAAGCAGACAGAUUUGCCUUAUGGUACAGUGUUGGACUCUGCCGUAUACGACCAGGUGCGCUCCAAAUCUAUGAACCCCUUUGAGAGAGAUCCCAUGUACUCCCAGAUGUGGCGGAUGAUUAACCGCACCGGAGGAGGAGAUAAUAAUGUCGAGGAGUCCAAAGAAGGCAUCCGCAAGGUGAAGUACGGCCGCUUUGGCUUUGUGUGGGAUGCAGCAGUGCUGGAGUACGUAGCUAACAACGAUGAGGACUGCUCGUUCUACACUGUCAGCAGCAUCGCACCAGACCGUGGAUAUGGUAUCGCCAUGCAGCACGGCAGCCCCUACAGGGACAUUUUCUCCCAGAGAAUCCUGGAGCUCCAGCAGAGCGGUGACAUGGACAUACUGAAAGUCAAGUGGUGGCCCAAGGACAGCCCCUGUGACCUCUACAGCUCAGUCCAGACACGGCAGCACGGCAACGCCCUGGACAUCCACAGCUUCGCUGGCGUUUUCUGCGUGCUGGCAGCCGGCGUGGUGCUCUCCUGCCUCAUUGCUAUGGUGGAGAGUUGGUGGUCACGGAGGAAGGGAUCCAGGGUCCCCUCCAAGGAGGACGAUAAGGAGAUCGACCUGGAACACCUACACCGCCGGGUUAACAGCUUGUGCACCGAGGAUGAAAGCCCCCACAAGCAGUUCUCCACCUCUUCCGUCGAUUUAACACCCCUUGACAUGGAUGCGCUGCCUGCUGCGCGCCAGGCACUCGAGCAGAUCAGCGAUUUCCGCAACACCCACAUAACCACCACCACCUUCAUCCCCGAGCAGAUCCAGACCCUCAGCCGCAGCCUAUCUGCCAAAGCCGCUGCUGGAUUUUCCGCUGGUUUCGGUAGCGGAGGCGUCCUCCAGGACCACCGGACUGGCGGGGUGGGCCCUUUCAGGCAGAGGGCCCCCAACGGUGGCUUCUUCCGCAGCCCCAUCAAAACAAUGUCCUCCAUCCCCUAUCAGCCCACAGGUCCAGGACCCAACUUUGGAUAUGGCAAUGAUCCAGACAGGGGCACCUCUAUAUGAGGGGCUGCUUAGAAUAUGGUUGGUUCAGGAGGAAGAAAAGGAGGAGGAGGAGCAGAAGGAGGCAAGGUGGCUAGGGUCGGUCAUGGGAUGAUUCAAAUACAUUGUGGCUAAGCUAAAAGUCAGAGGAUAGAGAUGUGUACAUAGGAAUCUUUAUGUUUUCAGUUUCUGCUUGGGUGUUUCCAGGGGCGUCCAUUUUAUAUGUAGAGAAGAUGAAGGAGGUGGAGGUCUAUGGGGGGCGUUCCUUAUCGUCCUGCAAACCGUGCUGGUGAGGUGCAAAAAGCAAAGGAGUGGUUUGAAUCUUUGCUUUAUUGUUGUUGUUCUUGUGAUCGUUUGGGGGAUUCUUUUUGGGGAAAUGUGUGAAAGGGGAUCUUUUUUUAUUGCUUCUGUUUUAUGAAAUGAGGACCGCCUCAUGUAACGGAGAUCUGCUGAAAUUACCUGACUAUUAUUAUCUUAACCCCACCUCGGAGGGUUUACUUUAUGCUCGUCUGACCACAGGAAACACGUCUAUAUUCCUGUGAGCUCCAGGGCUGCCAUUGGCGGAUGACUGGUGGUGUCGUUAGCCAUUAAACAACUCCAAGGGGCUCACACAACUAAGCAAUUAUUGAAUCGUUUAUUUUAUUUAUGAAGGCGUAUAUAGCAGUAGUUUUGUCCAUAGCCCUGGGAAUACAGACAACAGCCCCUUGUAGUUUUGAAAAGGCCCCAUCUCAGUGAAUAUCGGAAGAUUCCACUUCUACUCUGCCUUUUCACUAUGCGGGAGUCCAUACCGAGUUUUCUCUUCUCUGGUGUUGUUUCACCAAUACCUGGGGAUCUAAAUGUGUUAUGGGGUCCACACAGUGGCCUGACUUGACCUAAGACUGAACACACGCUGACCCCAACAUGGAGCAUCGGUCUGAAAACUGACGACUAAAAAACUGCUGAAAUGCCAUGACAGUGCAACAACAUGACACUGAAUCACCAGUGUGGUGCGUCGAUCUUAAACUAUUUCUGCCAUUUUGGUGCAUCACCUUGAAACGGUUUUCACCACUUUGAUGCACAUUACAGACCCUUUGUCAACCCCACUGCACUGUACCAGUGCCCACAGACCUGUAAGUGAUUGUAUGUAGAUCUGACCUUUUCUUUUCUCACCUGUACUGUGCUAUCUGCUUUUCAAGUCAAGGUGAGAUCCUCUCGUCAGACUCUCAGAGGGAUAGCAAAAGGGAUGAUACAAAAAAACGUAUAGAAAAAAAAAAACAUAAAAGACAAGCCGAAAGACUUCAAAAAGCGUAUGCUUAUUAUAUGUCUUUUAUUGAAUUCUGUUUUUUGAAAGAAAAAAAAAAGAUUUUAAUGCGUGGAAUGUGUUGGUCAGGAAGUACAAAAAAAAAAUAGUUCUGAGCUGUCUACUUGUUUCUUUCUCUCAGCCAACUUAGAAAAACUGCUAAAUGAGUGCUGUAGUCUCUGGUUUUGCAUCAUUACGUCAAACUUUUACUUUUUGAUUUUUUUUCUUUUGUUUUGCUUCAUUAUAGCGCUGCCAUAGCUCGGUUGUUUAAAAGAAAAAAACUCAUUUUGUACGGUCAUGUCCUGUUCGAGUUCAUUAUUCACUUCUUGUCAGGUUCAAGUGGGGAAAUGGUUGAUUUUGUGUUGAGGAGAAGCCAUUGCAACAGCAUCUUCAGUACAAGCCUUAUAUGUCAACUAGCUAUAGCUGCACCCUCCCAACUUCAGCAAAUACAGCUUUCGGGUCACGGGAAUGUCACGAAGAGUCAACGGCCAUUGGAACCCAAUGGCUGCCUUUGAGACGAGUCCGAAAUUCUAUUUCAUAUCUGUAAUGUUAAGGGUACUGUUUAUAUAACUUGUUUUUUUUAAAGUGCCAAUUAAUUCAAAUGAGACCAUUGAGGUGAAUUUUGGGGUGGGGAAAGGGAAUGGUACAUUAAGAGUAUGAAAGGAAUACUUUGUGGAUUAGGGGCUGGGGUCGUAAAAUGGAACCAAAUCUUUUUCACUAACACUGUAUUAAUAAUUGAUAAUGUUAGCUGUUUAGAACAAGUUUUCAGUUUAUCUUUAAGAACUAAAACCGCAAAAUGUUGUGCGUAGAGAACUCAGUCAAGCCACAGUGUUUUGAAGCAAGCAUUCUUAGGCAUUCUUUUCUUAUAUUAGGCUACAGUAUGGCUAUUGAAUGACAAAUAGGACACAGACAUUUAAAAGGUUUUAUUUAGUAUAAAUGAAAGAGACAUUAUAAAAAUGUAUAUUUUACAUGUUGAUGCUAUUUUUGUUUAACAAAAAGAGAAGAAUAUAUCAUGAUGAGCUUUAGCGUUGAGUUUAGCAGUCACAUUACUGCGUUUGGUUUUCCCUCGUUCUGCCCACGGUCAACAUAAACACAUCAACACGAACUCUUUGCUUUUCUCAUGUCAUCCUGAGUUAAUUUUAUUAUUUGCUGGCUAAAUAACAAAAAGUGGCAAGUUGAUUAAAAAGAAAGCAUGCACAAACUUGCUCUUGCGCUAUCUGUUAACAUUUUUAAUUUCAUACAUAGAACUACAGGAUUUACUUGAUCAUUUUCAAAACUUUAUGAUGUACAGUAUUUAAUAUAGGCCUAUUUUGUUGUAUGUGUUGCAUAUUAUUCAAAAACUGAACAAACUGGGGCCUCUGUUACAAGUGGCAAAGCUUUCUGUGUAUAAUUUGUCUAAUAAACAGGUUUUCUACA